UUCACUGAUAAGAAAUAGCUGGCUCUGGCUGUGGACUGAAGACGCACAGCCUGAGAGCUGACGUGGGUCUAAAAUAGAAGCGACUCAUUUCAGCGCCUUGCUCUUUCCAUGCUCUGGAAACACUGCCUUCCCCUGCUCCGGGCCCAGGAUGUGGAAGACCAAGUGGAAACAUCAGUGACUGAACAACCCCAACUCUCUCAGCCUGUCCUCCUAUGGGAGGUGCUCCAGCCCUCUGAUCAUCUUUGUAGCCCCACUCUAGGCCCGUUCCAACAGCUCCGUAUCCUUCUCAUGCUGGGGAUUCCAGAACUGGACACAAUAUUCCAGAUGCAUCCAGUCCUAAAAGCCUUUGUAUGUGGCUCCAUCAGUGGGACCUGCUCCACACUCCUCUUCCAGCCCCUUGACCUGCUGAAAACCCGCCUGCAGACUCUGCAACCUGCUGUGAAUGGGUCCAGUCGUGCUGGGAUGGUAACGCUGCUCUUUAGGGUUGUUCGUACGGAGAGUCUUCUGGGGCUCUGGAAAGGUGUCUCUCCAUCCUUUGCAAGAUGUAUUCCUGGGGUUGGGAUUUACUUCAGCACUUUGUACAUGAUGAAGCAAAAACUUCUAGUGGACCGUUCACCCACAGCCCUGGAGUCUGUCUUUCUGGGUGCCACUGCACGUGCAGUGUCUGGGAUUUGCUUGUUGCCAGUGACUGUAGUGAAGACUCGCUAUGAGAGCGGAAGAUUUGGCUAUGGCAGUGUAUAUGGAGCUCUGAAGAAUAUCUAUCAGACGGAAGGGGCUCGUGGCAUGUUCAGUGGGCUCACCGCAACGCUGCUGCGGGAUGCACCUUUCUCUGGGAUCUACCUGAUGUUCUACACACAGACCAAAAACUUCACACCUCAGGACCGGCUGGAUCCAGUGCUCAUGCCCUUGCUGAAUUUUGGCUGUGGGAUUUUUGCGGGAAUCUUGGCCUCACUGGCAACACAGCCUGCUGAUGUCAUCAAAACACACAUGCAGCUGUCCCCCCAAAAGUACCGCAGGACAACCCAGGCCAUUGCUUUUGUCUACAAGGAUUUUGGGUUGGUUGGCUUUUUCCGAGGUGGUGUGCCUCGUGCCCUCAGGCGAACUCUCAUGGCAGCAAUGGCGUGGACAGUGUAUGAACAGAUGAUGGAAAAAAUGGGCUUGAAAUCUUGACUGACUUGCACAAGAAAGGACCAGCUUCACUGCUUCUCCUGCUUGCUGUGAUCAACUGGCAUCAGGUAGUUCCCAGUUCCACAGAGGAGUAAGCCUUCUCAGCCAGGAGGAAGGUAGUACCUCUGAGACAGGGGAUUAGGCCUUUUGGCAAGUAGAGGAAAGAAAGGUUGGAUCUUUGCAUCAUCUGCAUUCCAGAAGGACUGCACUUGCAGGCUGCCACGGGAAGUGGUGCAGUUUCCACAGCCUAGUAACUAUGCUGAGAGAAAAGCCCCUUUUAAAAACAGCUGUGUGCUCACCACCUUUAUGUAAUGAGACAUUGCUAAGCAAAAGUGUUGGAGGAGAAAACAGUGAUUGCAGAACUUGCCAGCCUGUUUCCUUGCUGAUCUGACCAGUAAGACCACAAUAACCCACUAUCUGAUGUAGAUCCUCCUUCCACAUAUGCUUUGUUCUCCCAGGAGAAUGUUGCAGACCAUUGUGGGAGACUGGAUGUGUCUCUUAAAGCUUAUAUUACAGGAGUGGGUGGAAGAGAAAUGAGGUGCUGAAGGAAAGCUCAGAACACAAUUUCUGUCACCACUAUUGUACUGUGUGUGAUAGCAGAGAAGGUAACUGGAACCUCCCUGCUCUGUCAUGUGUUAUUAUGUAAUUGAGCAUCUUAACACUGUUGAAAUGUGCUUCUGUCUCUAUAGUAGUGUUUGCACAGGAUUUAAGAAGCCUAAGGUCCUUUAGAGUUGAUAGUUACCAAAGUUCUACUUGUUCUCUGAAAAACAUUUUUCAUGCUGGUCUGACUGUAUCAGGAACACUCAAGUAUUUUUUUUUAUCCAGUUGUACUAGACACUCAUUUGCUUCCUGUUAUUUAUUUCUUAAUCCUGGAUCAACACCCUCAGUGUGAGAUGCUCCUUAGAUGUAGGUUUUAGUGUCAUAGCUCAUAAUACAUAAAUAUGUAAUGGAAGUAGAUGCAGAUACUGACACUUCGGAUUUCCCUUAAAAACUGGUGCUGAUUGCAUGCGGAAUAUCUUUGGGUUUACUCUUUUCCAUAAGCUUUCACCAAAGUUUGAGACAUACGAGUGUUUGGUAGGGAACUUUAAUUCUCUUUUUGCUCCACACCGACCCUUCACAGUUUCCCGUCUGAUCAUUUUCUCUUAGCAAGUAGUCUGUAUUUCAGUAUUCCUGAGUUUAUCCUUAGAGAUAAAUACAGUUUUUUUCAUCUGCUGUACCUUCUUCCUCAUCGCUGCUUUCUUAGAAAGACCUUGUGGUGUGUGCUGUCCAAACUUGGGUACAGCCUGCUUCCCUCUCCACUUGUGCCUCUGUGCUGGCUCAUUGGGUUGGUACUCUUGCAGCUCUGUUGGUGUUGCCACAAAGCCAGGCAGAGAAUUGUCCAUCCUGUUCUGUAGUGUGCCUUGCAGAAAACGUAGCUUUGGAGUUUAUUUUCUGAAAUAUGUAGGGAUAUUACAAUUUGCUUUAGAAACAGAGCUGAUGUCUCCAAAUAUGAAGAUGUGAUGCUGUAGCUGUACAAAAAACUGGUACUACCUACCUGUUGUUUGUAAAAUAGAGUGUAGUUUGCACAAUCACUGCCUACCCUGGCAACUUCCUGAGCAUGACGGGGGGGAAGUGGGUUGUAAAGGAUGUUCUUUGCCAGAUUCCAGCUCCAAGAAAUUUCAAUGACUGAUGUGAAAGUUAAGUCUGAAUAAAGUAUAAGGAGACAGGCUGGAGGCUUGGAAGGUGCUGCCUGUGAUGGCUGCGCCUACACAGUGCAGAAGUCUCAGAGAGUGGUGGUGGAAGGUCCUGUGUGAAUAUGCUGUGUUAGAGCACUGCAUCAAGUCAUUCCAUGUUGUGACUGACAACCUGUCAGAUUUCCUCUGCUGCUUCUUACUGUUAGGCUUGUGCGCAUAUCAUUUGCCAAAUCCUAAAUAUGAAAAACUAUUCCCUUGUUUUGCCAUUCCCCCUACCCUUAGUGACCUGAACUCGUGAAACAGUGGUAACUGCACAUUGUGCUGUUUGUUUUCCUGAGCAUUACUGGCACAGAGAGCUAGAGAACCAAAUUUAGGAUUGCUGACCAGGUGGAGUAAGGUGGCAAUUACAUGAGUUACCUCAUACGUCUUUUACUUCCCUAUGCAUGGGAUCAAAUCAGCAUGGAAGCCUGAAGUUAUUUGGGGCUUUCUUAAUCUAAUGUGUGAGUUGGAUCUGUUGUUCAUCCUGGGCUGUGACAGUCAGGGGCUGUGUAAGGGGUUGCCUGCAAGGUGCUUCAUGAAUAUUUUAGUUCCUGAUUCAGCAAUGGCAAAGCUGUGUGCAACUUCUGCAGACAGAAACUUACACUCAAAAAAAGAGGCAAGCAAGCAAAGAAUGCCAGGUGAUACAUCCUGAAUUAAGUAAUGCCCUCGUCAGAAACCAGAAAUGCAGGAACACUCCAGUGGCUUUUAUGCUCUAUACUCCUGCCUGAACAAUUAACAAAGGAAGAACUAGAGAAUUUAUUCCAGUGUGCCAGUGUUGUAAAGUCUACUGAAUAUUAUUAUUUCUUUUAAUCUGGAUUCAGGCCUAAAUCAGUGUUAGCUUUUUCUUUGGGAAGUUCUUCCAUUGCCUCUAGUUUGUGGUGAAUGAGGAGGCUCUUUGUUGUUGUAGUAGAGUUAAAACUAUAUGCUUUAGACUUGUGAAUUAGCUUGGGCUCCUUUGAAUUUAAUAGAGAAUCUAAACUGCACUGUGUUUCCUCAAGCCUUGGUGCUGUAAAUGCAAAAACUUCUCCAUGUGUGAGCUGGGUAGAAUGAGUUUUGAUGUGCAAGCUUGCUAUUUGUUUUUCUUUAUUACAUGGUGGGGAGGGCAAACCUGAAGUUCCAUUUCUCUGUCUUCUGAGAGCUGUAUCACAUAGGCAGGCACAAGACUGUUACUCAGCUCGGAUCCUUGCCAUCCUUCAUCCAUUUCAUCUCUUCAAAAACAUUCUGUUUAUAUAGUUAUUUAUUGAAGUUACUUCUUGAUAGUGACAGCAAGUUAAGAAAAACAAGUGUGCGGACUUGAAGUUUAGAUAAUAUUGCCCUUGAGGUCCCAUGCUUGUAGUUAACAACAAAUGGUCACUGCACAAGAUAAUUGCAAAGUAAAUCAAAUAAAAGAUCUGGACACAGGUGCUUAGUCAUCUACUUGCAUCAUGCCAGCAAUUCAAUACUAACAGUCCUAUUAGAUAAUAAUUUACAAAGGCAUCUUAGCUUGGAUUCCAGAAAAGGUCGUGUGAUCCCUUUCAUAUGGGGCAGGAUGGCUCUCAGAUCCCUCGGAAUGACCUCCGUUGCUGGCAAUACACUAUUAGUGAAUGUGCAUUGGCUCUGCUUGCCUCUGCAGCUGUGGUGAGAGGACACAACUGCUUAACAUGUUGAGGCAGUCACUAUUUAAGUGGAGUUUGAGGACACAAGAGAAAUAGUCUGAUUUUUUAUGUUUUUAUUCUUCCUGUGCCGAAGGUUUGGGGUUUUUUUCUUUGCACUGUUUGAACAACACUGGAUCAUUGGAACAUCGCGUAGGUUUGAGUAUUGUUGAGUGUUCAUGUGUCUGUUUAAAAUAUUUAUGUGAGAAGGUAUAUUAUGUUUCUAUUAAAAACUGAUUGCCGAAAUAAACCACG